ACGCAUCCUGCGAAGAUCAUUCCUUUUGACGGGCCGGUCUCGGUCUCCAGGGAGACAGGAGAGCCACAUGAAGCUAGGGCCUGCAAAUGUAAAGUAAUAAGCUUCAGAGCGGCGGCGGUUCCGGAGCUUUGCGGCUGGUGGCGCUUUUUAUUCAAUUUUGCGUGCAUAUCCCUCGCUUGGCUCCCGAAGAACCCGCCGCCGUCUGUUUGAGGGGCGAAGGAGCGGCGGCUGUGUCCAGCGACGCGGUAUCAUCGACAUCAUGAUGGUCCUGCAUUAUCGAGCCCACUGCCAGCGACGGCGGCAGCAGCAGCUCUACUGAGAGGCAGGAGUCGGGGAAAGGUGCAUCGGCUGAUCUAUCAAUCCAUCCAACGAUCUGCAUCUCCGUCCAAGCGUUUAUUGAAGGGACAAACAAUGCAUUUUGUUUAAACAACGCUCGCCUUCCAUUGCAUGGCGAGCAGCAUCUUGCAAGAAUAGAAACAAAACAAAACGAUCUGAAAGGGGGUUCCCUUCUCUCAACUCGACUGCAUAAAAGAGAAAGGUGAAAGAAGUCUCGGAGGAAGGUGCGCCUGAGACCAGCGAAUAGUCUUUCAUUAUUGUAACUAAAUCGUUAUUAGUAAUGCCUAUGUCCCUGGUGCAAGCCUGCCGCAGUCUGGCUCUCUCAACAUGGCUGCUUUCUUUCUGCUUCGUGCAUUUAUUGUGCCUGGACUUCACGGUGGCGGAAAAAGAGGAAUGGUACACUGCUUUCGUCAACAUCACGUACGUGGAACCGGCCACCUCGGAGUGGAGGUCGGAGAAGAGCGAGUGCGGCCGUUACGGGCAGCAUUCGCUCAAGCAGGACGCCGGGGGAUUGCUGGCACUGCCCGCUCACCAUGACAGGCUGGCGUGUGACCCUCAGGCCAAGUUUCAGGUGCCCGCCGCCGCUGCCACCAAGGGUUGGAUCGCAGUCAUACCCAAAGGGAACUGUACUUACAAGGAGAAAAUCUGGCAUGCUGUCAGGCAGAAUGCAUCCGCUGUAGUCAUUUACAACUUGGGGGCUAGCAACGUCAAUGAGACUAUCACGAUGCCUCAUGCAGGUACAGGAGAUAUUGUUGCCAUUAUGAUUCCUGAACUAAAAGGACGUGAGAUUAUGAGCCUACUUGAAAGGAAUAUCACCAUUAUGAUGUACAUAAGGAUUGGAACACGUAAUUUACAAAAAUAUGUUAGCCGUACCUCAGUUGUAUUUGUGUCGAUAUCAUUUAUUGUUUUGAUGAUCAUUUCGCUUGCCUGGUUGGUCUUCUACUAUAUCCAGAGGUUCAGAUAUGCAAAUGCUCGAGACCGAAAUCAGCGUCGCCUUGGAGAUGCUGCUAAAAAGGCCAUUGGGAAACUUCAAGUUAGAACAAUCAAGAAAGGUGAUAAGGAAACAGAGUCAGACUUUGAUAAUUGUGCUGUUUGUAUUGAAGGCUACAGGCCAAAUGACGUUGUCCGAAUUUUGCCAUGCCGGCACCUUUUCCAUAAGACGUGUGUGGAUCCUUGGCUACUAGAUCACCGCACGUGCCCAAUGUGCAAAAUGAACAUUCUGAAAGCGCUUGGAAUUCCGCCAAAUGCAGAUUGUGCAGAUGAUGUAACAACGGAUUACGAAGGCUCCAUAGGAGGACCACCAACGAAUCAGAUUACAGGCGCAAGUGAUGUGACCGUGAAUGAGAGUUCGGUUGGCUUUGAUCCUCCUGUUCGAAAUGUUGGGCUUUCACAGACAAUUCAGGACAAUGAACCUCUUCAGCAAGUUGAUGAGAUUGUUACUGCUAGCAACAAUGAUGAAGGACCAAUUGUGAGCAGUGAUUCGGACACCUCACUGAUUCUGGCUGUUGAAGUUGGACUUUCUGACAUAGAGCUCUCUACUGACCAGGACUGCGAGGAAGUGAAAUCCUGAGAAGGAUGAAUGAUGUGGUUCAGACAAGCUCACAGAUUAACUGCGAAGUAUCUUGUGCAUUCAGACAAGAAUGAUUGUGAGAGCAAUAGCGACAAUCAUUUACUAGAUACAAAUUGUAUAGCAGUUGAUGUCAAUUUUCUUCACAAAGAACCCACAGGCUUAUCACUUGCCUCAUUUCUACAUUCAAACAAGCUGGUAACAUGGUUCAGUGGCUGAGCUGAGAAGAAAAUAACAAUGUAUGCUUUUUAUUUUAAGUUUCCAAUGAUAGUCAAUGAUUUAUUUGUGUUUAAAAUUUUAUUUUUGUGACUGACACUUUUCCAGAGUUUGAUCCUAUGAGGGUUAACAGAUUCCUGGAAUCAAUGCCUCAACACUAAAACACUCAGUUGGUGCUCUUAAGUUGUGAAAUGAAUUUUAAAGUUGAUUCCAAGUUCUGCAGUCUUGUGAAUCACUGGCUUUUUUGUUGUCAGCAUUAAGUAAAGUUUAUUUGUGCAGUAAUUAUUCAAAAAAGCAGCUUGCAGAUGCAGGAAAGAAGAAACCUCUGGAAGUUCAGUUGCCAUUUCUUGAUGUAUUUUUGGCCAUUGGAAAAGUUAGUGAUAGUAUUGCACAGAGAUGUUGUCCAUAAGCAAUAUGCGCUGCUGGAGAUUUGGACAGAAUGAAUGUUCCAGUAACAGCCCACUUGCUUUCUAUGAAUUCAUGAUAGAUUGGGAUUUGUGUGUAUGAUUGACACUUGACAGCCCCCCCUCCCCGAAUCUCUGAUAUUUUGCCCAGUAACACUGUAGUUGUGUAAUUGGCCAAAUAGGUUAAACCACCAACUUUAUACCCCUAAUGGCUUUUAAGAGAUAGGAAUCAAAACUAAUAUUAGUUUUACAGCAUACUUGACACCAACUGACCUCUGCCAAAAAUGAAUUUACGCAAUAUACUGCUGUACUUCAAAGGAAUUUUUUAGUAUUUUAUGUAAUUUGAAUUUUAGUUGCUUUAUGUCAUCUAUCCUAAUAACAGCUUUUGUACAUUGAAAAUAUGUGAAAAUGUAUUAAAAUUACAGAUUGUUAUACAGUACAAUCUGAAUAAAUGACUUUUCAAGUCAUGGAAUUCUACAGCAGCAUUUUUGCAUAUGGAUCCUUCCCUUGUAGGAAAGAACCUAGUACUAAAGCAUAAUGUUAUUGCAAAUUUAUAAGUUCUGUCCAAAAAGAAAGGAAAAUUCCCGCUAUGUAACAGAGGUUAUAUAUUUUUGAAAGUAUUGCUUUUGUUCCAUAUGUAGAUUAACUAUUGAGAUUAACACAUCAAAAUAUGGAACCUGAUAAUUGUAAUGCUUUAGAGCAAAUUUAAAAGCCCUGUGAUGACCUUUUGGAUCCCAGACGUUAUCAUGUAGUUAGUAGGGUUUGUAAUUGGUCUGGUACAUCUUUAGAUUCGGAACAGUACAAUAAUAGGCAAAGUUGAUGGUGUAUUGAUUUGAAAGUUUUGGAGAUAGUAUUUUCAUUGAUGUUGAAAGAAAAUGUCCCCUCGUAGGAUCUGAAAUAUUCAAGAAAGGCUAUGUGGCAUAGGAGAUGAUCAGCUUACUCUUUUCUAGUUUAAACUUGAUGGAUGUUAAAAUAUUUAACUGCUAAUAAAUUUUGGAAACGAAUUGAAACAUAUUUGAUAAUGAAGUGUACCUCAGGUUAACUAAGGGGCUGAAGAAUUUAAAGGAAUUCAAUUUGUAUUUAAGAUUGCUUAUUACUGACAGGAAAAAUAUCAUACAUACAUGAGAUUAGUGAAAUUCUCAGUCCUAAUUGAACAAAAUAACAAAUCAGAAUAGCUAUUAUCAAUACUGUGUCAGGUAUUGUUAGUCCUUUUAAAUCUCCGUCACUCGCUAUGGGAUGAAACUCAUCAUUGUAAGAAAGAAAAUCAUUUGAGGUGUUCACCUCUUCAAGAAAAUAAUAUUUUCAUGUGCUGUGCUGUACAUUGUUGUUUUCUCCUGUUCAAUAUCAAAUAUCUAUACUGUUUUCCAUAUUCAAAAAAUUUGCUAAUUUUCAUUUGGUAUUAUGAACAACGUAUGCAUUGCUGAAGUUUUCCAGAGAAAACUUUCUCAAAGUUUGAGUAUCUGUAUAAGUUUAUUAUAAUGUUACACUAAGUUCUGGUCAUUUUCUUGCAUUAUCAUUUUACACUGAGUUUUAUUAAGAUCUGCAUUCACCCGUGCACCAAGGUUUGUGAUAUUCUGCAGGGAUUGUUUCCCAAAUGGAAAAUGGGAAUGAUCAGCAGGUCACCUAUGCAGAGCAAUACAAUUUUGGACAAUAACUUCUUAUGAAAACAAGGUUUUAAUAUAAGCAUGUUUUAGGUUUUAGAGAGUGAGCUGAAGGUAUCAAAGGGUCUGUGAUAGGGUGAAGAGCAAAUGAGUCACUUAAGUGAUAGCAAUGGUACUGGCUGAGAGGGGUGGUAAAGGCUCUUUAAUUGAUGAUCGAGGAUGUAGAAGAGAGAAUCACAGAGCACUAUGAGAUACAGAACAAUACAGUUGCUGGAAAUCAGAAUUAAGAGAGAAUGCUGGAAAAACCCUGUGGUUCAUGCAGCAUCUGUGAAGACAUAAAAAAAAAACAGCUGUUAAAAGUGCAGGCUGAUGACUAUUGUAUCAGAAAUUAUACAAAUGGAAAAAAACUUAUUCUGUCUUUGCUGUGGAGUCUAAGGUCUAUAACGUGCCUAGUUUGAAAAGGAAAUGCAUACUUAAAAUGUAUACAACUGUACAGUGAAAAAGGGAAAAAAAAUGAAAUGGGAGUUUGAUUGAAAGCCUAAUAACAGACAACCUGAAGCCUUGCAGACUGAACAGAUAAAUGCUACAAAACAGUUGCCCAAUCCGGAGAGGGCUAAAUACGGUGCAAUAAUUUGCAAAAAGUAUAAAUGCUACAGCUGGAGGGUGUGUUGGGUUCUUGAAUGGUGGGAAGGGAAGAUGUAAAGGGGCACACGUUGCGUCUUCUGCAGUUGCUUGCGAAGGUUCUAUGAGAAAGGGAGGACAUAUUGGUGCAGGUGGGAGUGAGUCGGAGAGUGAAGACGGGAUAGUCCCUUCAGAAUACUGGGAGUGGAAUAAUGUUUAGCACUGAUUCUCAAGCAAUGGAGAAGUUACUGCAAAGGAAAGGAAACAAAUUUAAACUUUCUUCAGAUUCAGUCACAGUAAUCUUGUUGAGCUAGAUGACCAGAGGAGCUUGUUUGACAGCCAGUUGCAUUUAUGUCUGCAGAAAUGGUUAGCUUAGCUUCAACAAUGCUGAUAUAUGUUGCUCUGUAUAACUCUUACCCUAUCUAAAUGUGGGUUUGAUCAAGACAGUAUCGAUCCAAUUAGUCAUUCAUCUUUUUCAAGCUACAGCUUACUAUUACGUUUCAUUUUGAGAUACUCUGUAAAGAUUUUUGUGUCAUGUUGACAGCCAUCUACCUUUCUGACUACAGGGCCACCAAGUUAAUUGUGUCCCUCCCCUUUCACUUUCUUGGCACUUAGCCUUUUGGGAUGCACUUCACUGAUCUUCACUGACAUUUGCAAAGCCUGGCCUUCCGCAAGAAAUGCUGUGUUGUCAAAUAGCUUGUGUUCCAAAUGACUUUUCUCCUUUGAUGUUAGAGCCCUUUACAUGCUAAAUAUCAGUUAAAGAAUUAAUGCAUUCUAAGGAUAUAUAUUUAAACAUUCUACAGUCUUUCUCUUAUGAAUUUUUUUUUAAUUAAGAAUUUGCCCCUAUAUUACACUACAAACACAUUUGUUUAUAGAAAGGACACAGGAGGGGACAGUUAAUAAUAGCAGUUUUGCGAAUUUUUGAAUAACUCCUUUAAUCAAAAUUGUUCAAUCAAUUAAAACUACAAUCAGUUUUGUACUUCUGAAAAAGCGUUUUUCCUUUUAAAAUCAACUCAGUGUUUUAUUUCAUAUUGAAGUUACUAUGAUUAAAAGAAAAACAAUACCUGUUACUACCUUUAGAAUGCUAACACUCAGAUCAUUGGUGUAGUUCAAAUCAUUGAAACAAUUAAAUUUUGUUUUUAAAAUUUAUGAGUCAAGUUAAUUGCAAGAGUUCAUUUGAAAGUUCACAUGAGGUAAAUAUGAAUUUUACCAGAAAAAUCGUCUUUUUACUAUUCAAAAGCAACAUAAUUCAAUUGAAAAUAUUCAACCACGGAGCACAUAACCUUGAUAACUUUUAAACUAUCCAUGAAAUUGUACUCAAAUUUGCAUGUUACCUCCAUUAGAAUGAUGUGGAGACUCAGAGUGGCACUUAUCCCACUUAUCUGGGGUACUUUGGGAUCAGUCUCCUGGUGAGUGAGUGUAUAAUAGGUUUUUGAAAGGAUAUUUAUAUAAUUUUGCUCAGUAGAAACUGGGUCACAGUUUAGAAGAGAAGAAGUUGAGAAUAACUAAGAUAAAAAGACCACAACAUUUUCUUGUGACUAUACUUCAAACACUUGAUUAAUCAAGUAUGCCCUAAGCAAUCUAUUUGAUAUUUGCAAGAAUGCAUGAGGAUUGUAGCUUACCAUAAACUAUGACUUAUUGUAUUCUGCACAUACUUUCCUCUUCUUUAGUACUUGUAGGAAUAAAAUUUCUGAUCAUGACAAAUUUAGGAGAAGCUGUAACAAGGUAAUACAUUUGUCUUAGUGUUAUGCAGCAUGGACCAAGUUGCCCAAAUGAGCUAGUCCCAUUUGCCCACAUUUGCUCUAUAUGCAUAUAAGCCUUUCUUAUCCACGUACCUAUCUAAAUAACUUUUAAACAUUGUAAUUUUACCUACCUACACCACUGUCUCUGACAGUUCACUCCACAUGUUUAUCAUGGUGUGUAUUGAAAAAUUUGCCCCUUUAGAUUUUUCCUCAAUCACCUUAAGUCUAUGUCCCAGCAACAUACAUCAAAGUUGCUGGUGAACGCA